AAUAAACGAGUAAACGUUGGAUUCAACCAGUGUAACACAUAACUUCGUUACUCUUUGAAGGAAGAACUUAUAUUUCAUAAUCGUUAUUUCUGUCCGGAAUAUUGUCGUGUGACACGACAACAACAAUACGGAAGAAGCAAGAAUCAGCUGACACAUUUCACGUACAACUGCUUUGUGUUAUUAUCAGUUUAUAACAUACCGAGCCUACAUUAUGGAGGACCAGGAGAUGCAACUAAAAGUUAGACGAGUGACUGACAAAUUCACGGAGAGCAUGUACGUGCUAGCCAAUGAGCCGUCAGUGGCUCUCUACAGACUGCAGGAACACGUCAGAAGGUCCCUGCCUGAACUGGUGCAACACAAGACAGACAUGCAGAGCUGGGAGGAGCAGAGUCAAGGAGCCAUCUACAGUGUAGAGUAUGCAUGCAGUGCCGUAAAGAGCAUGACGAACAGCAGCUUGUAUUUCAAAAACAUUGACGGCCUCCUCCGUCAAGCAAUCAGCAUGAAGGAACAGAUAAGCAGCUCUCAAGGACGCAGCUUACAUGAUGUGACCCCCUCACCCAGUCCCCUUGUCUCUGCUCCACAUGCCCCUUCCACUUCCACAUUACCUCUGGACUGAGGGGUCCAAGGAAAAGGACUAUGGACUCGGGCAUGCUAAAGGAAGGGGGAGACAAGAGCAGCUCCGGGAUGUGACGGGACUUCCUGAGAUGUUGGUGUUGCUUCUACAGUCCCUUGCUCUAUUACCUCUUGAUUGAGGCUGAAGUGGGGUCAUAAGGGCGACACCUCAUCACAAUGGAGUGACGGCCUCCAGUGACCCCCCCCCCCCCCCGUACAAGCCGCUCAGUGGAACAGAGCACCACAGCACUGCCAGGUUCAGCAUUAAAAACACUUAAGUCAUGGACGCUGCUCAAAGAAUGCAUUGUUCUCAUGGACUCGCUGGACGGGCCGGAGAGAAGCAGCCGUGCUGCUUUUGCCUCUGCUGCGCCGCUUUGGACACUAGUUUUCAAGUCUUUGUGAAUUUUUUGUUGAAGGCUGAAGUCUAAAAGAGUACCCUGCAUGCAAAUUAGAAGAGCUUAACACACUUACCCAAGGAAAACGUCCAAAAAUCUACCAGAAGGCAGAAACCGAUGCCCAGUUCUACUUUAUUUCAGAAUUAAAUAUAUGAUAUGCCCGUUUGGGCAACAUGUUCUUACAGAGAAUAUCCAGAAUCUUGACAAAAAAUGAAAAUCUAGCUUUUCAUCCUUACCUGCCAAGUAGACAGAAACCCCCAGGCAAAACAGUCCAAUAGCCACGUGUCGUACAGCUCUGCUAUCCAAAAGGAACCAGUCUGCUCUAUUGAAACAGAUCUCAUAUGGUUAGUGUCAGACAUGUUUACACUUUAAAACUGCUACUUUGUUUUUUCUUAACAGUGCAUGAAUGAAGAUGAUUUUAUGCAACAA